AUGGUCGACCUGCCAGGUUUUCCUCGCGAGCGGGCGACCGUGACUGCCGACAAGAGCGGACUGUCGCGCAGUGGGAGUGCGCCCUUCCCUCAUCCGGACGCUCGCGACACGCGGUUGUCACCCGUGGACGAAUGGAGCGACCUGGUGGACAACUUCAAGAGGAGGACAAAAAUUGCCAAGGAGUCGGCUGGCAAACUAUCCUGGUUUGACAAGCUGGCCAUAGUCCUGCCGUUCCUGGGCUGGCUGCGAACCUACAAGAUCAAGGAGUACCUGGUGUGGGAUGUGCUGGCGGGUGUGACUGUGGGCUUCAUGGUGGUGCCCCAGGGCAUGAGCUACGCCAUCCUCGCCGGUGUGCCCCCAGUGUAUGGCCUGUACGGCGCGUUCGUGCCUGUCCUCGUCUACUCACUGUUCGGCUCCAGCAAGCAGCUCGGCACCGGCCCCGUGGCUGUCACGUCCCUGCUGAUCGCAAACGGUGUGCAGAACAUGGUUGAGUACUCGUCCUGGCUGGACCCGUCAGUGCCUCCACUGAGCCCCCUGUGGGCCUCAAUCCAGGAGACCUACAACACGAAGGUCAUUCAGCUGGCGUUUGUGGUGUCCCUGAUGUACACUGCCGUUGGCCUCCUGCGCAUGGGCUGGCUGAUCCGCUUCCUGUCCCACGCGGUUAUCACGGGCUUCACCAGUGGCGCCGCCUUCAUCAUCGCCAGCAGCCAGGUGAAGUACAUCCUGGGGUACAGCGUCCCCCGCAAGGACACGCUCCAGGAGAACAUCAAGGUGCUCUACGACAACCGCGCUGACUUUGUGUGGCAGGAGUUCACGAUGGGCAUUCUCAUGAUUGUUUGGCUGGUGGCCCUCCGCUUUAUCGGCAAGUGGAAGCCGAAGCUCUUCCUGCUGGGUGCCCUGGGCCCCAUCUCAGCCUGCAUCAUAGGCAUCAUUGUGGUGGUGGGCGGCGGCAAGAAUGUCAGUAAACUGAUCAAGAUUGUCGGCACCAUCCCCGCUGGCAUGCCACCAUUCACCGCCAACAAGUGGCUGCCGAUCGAGGACGCCCCCUCUCUGCUGCGCCUGGCUGGCCUGGUGAUGGUUGUCGACCUGCUGGAGUCAACGUCCAUCGCUAGGGCCCUGGCCCGCAAGAACGGCUACCGCCUGCAGUACAACCGUGAGAUCAUCGGCCUUGGCCUGGCCAACUUUGCGGGUGCCAUGUUCUCCUGCUACACCACCACCGGCUCUUUCUCGCGCUCGGCCGUCAACAACGCGAGCGGUGCCAAGACCCAGCUGGCAGGCUUCAUUACGUCCAUCGUGGUCAUGUUUGUGCUGCUCUUCCUCACGCCAGUGUUCUCCAAGCUGCCCUACAACGUCAUCGGCGCAAUUAUCAUCGUGGGUGUUUGCCAGCUCAUCGAGUUCGGCGUGGCCUACCACCUGUUCAAGACCCACGUGCGCGACUUCAUCGUGUGGCUCGUCGCCUUCAUCGGCACCGCCUUCCUCGGCGUGGAGCUGGGCCUGGGUAUCUCCAUCGGCCUCGCGCUGCUUAUCGUGAUCUUUGAGACAGCGUUCCCCCACAUGGCCGUCCUCGGCCAAGUCAACAACUCGUCCGUCUACAGGUCCAUUGAGCAGUACGCCGACGCCAAGGUCGUCCCCGGCAUCGUGAUCGUGCGCCUGGACGCCCCCGUCUACUUUGCCAACGCUUCGUACUUCCAGGACAAGCUUGAGGACUACGAGGAGGAGGGCCUCGAGGUGGCCAAGGCAAAUGGCCUGGAGAAGCUGAACUAUGUCAUCCUGGAGCUGUCCCCUGUCACCAAGAUCGAUGCGACCGGCGUGGCAUUCCUGGAGGAGCAGCUGAGGGACUACAACAAGCGCGACAUCCAGCUGGUCCUCUCCAACCCCAAUGACGAUGUGCUGCGCACGCUCCAGCGCGCCGGCUUCAUCGCCAACCUUGGCCGCCAGUGGGUGUAUGUGUGCGUCCAGGAUGCGGUCACUGCCUGCGCCAAGCUGCAGUCCAUGGAGGGCGGCGGCUCGGUGGAGCACGUUGAGCCUGUGCGCAAGUACUCCAGGACGCCCGCUGCCAGCGUCGCCAGCGAUUCCCCCAAGGCUGCCAAGACUGUGGAGUAG